GAAUCCUGGGCAUCACAACGGUCGAAUUUAGGCUGAUUUGAGGGAAUCAAAAUGCUUCGCUGUCUGCAGACUUCCACACACACAUAGAAAGAGGAGAGAGAAAGAGGAGAGAGAGAGAGAUAGAGAGAUGGGGAAACGGAAGGGGAGGAGGGAGCAGAAGAAAGUUAGUUCAGAAGGAGGAGAUGAGGGUAAAGAAGUAGAAGGAAGCAAAUUCUUCGCCUGCUACUUGCUUACAUCUAUGUGCCCCAGGUUCAAGGGUCACACUUACAUCGGAUUUACAGUGAACCCUCGCCGUAGAAUUCGACAGCACAAUGGAGAGGCGACGAUGGGUGCAUGGAGGACCAAGAAGAAGCGUCCCUGGGAGAUGAUUUUAUGCAUAUAUGGCUUCCCUACAAAUGUAUCCGCCCUCCAGUUUGAGUGGGCCUGGCAGCAUCCAGUAGAAUCCCGUGCAGUUAGACAGGCAGCAGCAUCAUUCAAAACUCUUGGAGGAGUUGCUAAUAAGAUAAAAUUGGCACAUACAAUGCUUACUCUCCCUGAGUGGCAAAGCCUAAAUCUCACAGUAAAUUUCUUCUCCACAAAAUACAAGAUGCACUCAGCCUGUUGUCCCAGUAUUCCAGAGCACAUGAAAGUCCGUGUUUGUGCACUGGAUGAACUUCCUUGUUAUACAGGAAUUGACAGGGAUGAGUAUACAACCAACGAGUGGGAAACUAGUGAAGAAUAUGAGGGGAGCAGUGAAGAAUUAGUUGACAGAAGAUCAGCCGGCUCCACAAAUUCUAACAGUUCUUUGAGUAAUCAAGACAAAGACAACAUCAAAGAAAAUGACGAUGAACAAACUGAUUGGAGAGAGCUUGACGAACGGUCAUCUUCAAUUCAAAAUAGCACUCCCGGUCUAGAGCACUCAUACAUUAUCAUUGACUCCCCAGCGGAAAGGUCAUCCUCAAUUCAAAGUGGUUCCUUUCAUGUUGCAGACAAGAAAGAGAUACAUGAAUUGGAUGAUGAAUUUGGUGGGAAGCAGCUGGGCGAGCAGGCCAACAGGCUGUUUUCAAUAAAAACGGAUGCCUAUCAUGAUCCAUUGGCAACUGGUUUGCCUAGUGAAGUUGAGGUUAUUGAUGUUUUUACUCCUCCUUGCUCCAAAGUGCGUGCAGACAACAAAAGAAGACUUUCGGCUAGUUGUCCUGAAUUAAUAGACUUGACAGACUCACCUAUUUAUGUCUAAUACCUGGUUUUUUGAUAACUGUCAUCAAAAUAUUGUGCUAGCAUGUCCGUCCUUGUUUAUAAGUAAAGCAUGUUAGAAUAUCUAAUAGUGAUGAUGUUGAUAUCGUUA